AUGUUCCAACUACCACAACGCAUGGCGCUGAAGCGCCCCCGCGCCGACGACGACGACGACGUCUCAAUUCGCCAUUUUGAAAAGAAGCACCGCAAUGACACGGCCUGCCCGCCACCGCCCGAGCAUUUCUUCCACACCAAGACUCUCAGCUUCUCGCAGAACCGCGCCAACUCGCCAUGUCUGCCUGCCCUAACGCCAGGCCACUCGGACGAGUCAGGCUGCGACUCGCCUGAACUGCCUGCCUAUGCCGACACCGACAUGGAUGACUGCAUGGAGGACGACUACGGUGCUCUGCGGUCCAACCCUAAUUCGCCGGCUGUCCCCUUCAUGUUGCCCGAGCGCCUCAAUCCCCGCCAGCACCAGUCAGACCCCAGUACUGGCCGCAUACCUACGCCCAUCUACGGCCACUUCCCUCCCAAGAUCACGUCCAAUGAGCCGCCGAGCGACAUCAGGACCACAACGCUUGAGGAGCUGAGGGCCGCGUCGGCCAAUGCCCGCCGAAGCAUGGCCCAAAGAGACGUCGGCCGCGACAUGCCUUCGCCCAUCCGCGAGGACGACAUGGCCCUGACGCCUACCACGCUGGCCGGGAACCGUCUCUCCCGCCUCCACUUUUCCGGCCGAGGCGACAGUGACGGCAUGGACAUGGACUCGCCCACGUUCGAGCCGCAGCGCCAUCUCGCUGCUGAGUCCAAGUCGGGCCGUGCCAGAAGCGGAGCGAUCACGGGCAAGAAAAAGUUCCACAUGGGCUUCCGCGAGGACUGUCCCAAGUGCCUGGCAAGAGUGCCGGGCCACAACGCGCAUUUCCUUCCCUCUUGA